AUGGCCAAAGUUCGCCACAUGCCAGCGGCUUUCGCCAACCAGGCGAACGGUGGAUCACCGAGCACAACGUCCGCAUCCGCGUCAGGAUCCUCAGCGACGGCACAACAGAAGCCCUCACCUCAUCAAGGCCAGUUUUUUCGAAUCCCCAAGGUCUCUCCACCGAGCUCAAACGCACAGACAGGUGUGGGUGCCACGACACAGCCGUCGUUCGAAGACAUUCUCGGCAGCGGGGAUAACGUGAUGAGAUCCCCCAAGUCGAAUAAGCUCUCGAAGCAUCCCGAUAGCAAUCGGUCACCGAAAAAGGACGAUGGAGGCAAGACCCGCAACCACCAAGAGUCAGGCAGCAAGGAGAAAAAUCAAGAAUCAGGAGUCACAAUAACGAAACUAAGUGUCAGCAGCGGCGGCGGAGGCGACAAGGAUAACCGACCGGCUGCCCGAGCUGAUGAACGACGCGAAAAGGAAUCCUCUCACAACCACUACCAGCAUCGUGAGAAGCAGCCAGGUGAAAAAAGCCGCGAUCAUCAUAACGACAAAUCGUCAACACACUCGAGCCGCAUGGAUCGAGACAAAAAAGAGUACCUGAGCAAAGAGAAAGAAAACCACAGGAGUCAUCAUGCCGCAGAGAGAGACAGAAGCCGGGACGAGAGAGACGAGCGUAGAGAUCGUGGCGUCAACGAUCGCCAGCAUCGCGAGGACCGUCGGAAGCCUCUGGAUGCUACUCCGAAAAAAGCCUCCGACUCCGACAUCCAGCAGAACGAUGGCGAAGCGUGCCACGAGCGGCGGAAAUCAUUGGAUUCGUGUAAGCCGAUCAAAGAUAGAACGAAAUCCAAGGACGGCGAAAGCAAGAUACGCCCGAAAGAGAGCUCAACGUUGACGUCGGGUAUUCCGUCGUCGUCGGUAGCAGCGGCGGCGGCACCGUCCUCGGCGAAAAACACGAAACAGCCCCGACUUGAAACGAGCACCAAAACCGAAUCGUCUUCCCUCGUGGCGCCGUUGAUUCCGGGUCUCACGAUAACUCCGGUAGCGAAGACGCCAGCUGCUGCUCCAGCCGCGAAACAUUCGCCGGAUCUACAGAAGCUGCUCAGUAAUUUGGGGACAAACAUCAUUCCCAUUUCCGAAGAGUCGAAACCCAAUGCGGCGGGUCUUGUCAUUCAACCGGUGGCAUCGAAUCCACCUGUGGCUCCUCUGGCUCCUACCACCGCUCUGUCGAAUGUCAAGUCCUCGCCGAGAGCAGCCGCCACAGCUCCAACGAGUCCGGCAUCGGCUGCCUUCGAUAGCUCUCUGUUCUUCAAGCUCCCGGCUCCCGUGGAGAUCAAUAACGCGCAGUUGAAGCAACCGAAUGGCGCUGGGUUCUUCAAACUUCCACCGGGAACGACGAAGUACAUCGAGGAGAACAAACAGAGAAAAAUGCAGCCCGCGGCCGCACCUGCCCCGCAACCGCUCAAACCACCCGCCACCGUCGACGCAGCAGCUCUCGUGAUGGCGACCGCCCUGCAAAACGCUGUCCUGCAAAAAAUGAAAGAGCCCCUGAACGGACUCACGCUAAAUGAUCUCAUCAAAAGUGGACUCGUGUCACAAACGACAGCCGGCGAGAAGCAGGCUGAGGCUCUGAAAAAAACCGAAGACGCGAAGCAGCGUGAAAAACUCAAACGAAAAAUCGAAGCCGCGUCCGCCGUGCAAACCCUCCCGGUGGAACAAGCGAAACGGAAGUGCCCGCAGCCGGUGUCCAAUCCAACACCUGAUUGGACUCCGCUUGAUUUGAUGGUUCUGACCGAACGUAUGAAAAGAUCCAUCCCCACGCAGGAUAACGUCCAGUUCGCCGUGACGGAAUCUCGCAUGGAUUGGUCCCAAGUGGCUUUCAGCAAAUACUCAUCGUCUGAGUGCAGAUCCAAAUGGACCGAGCUGAGCCAAAAAGUCCGACAGUUCCGUACACUGAGCGAGCUUCUAUCCGACACUCAGGACCUGAUUAAAACGUCGACGCCGGGCACGAUAUCGGCGUCGGCGACGAUCCUUUCUCAAGCGACGGCGCCGAAUGUUAGGGAGCCUAAGAAACUGAAACAUCCGGAUCUCCCGAAGAAACCAUUGACGCCAUACAUGAGGUACCUCGUGGACAAGUUGAAAAUCGUCAAGGAACGCUAUCCGGAACUCAGUCAUGGAGAAGCUUCGAAACAAAUCACCGAGAAAUGGCAUAGCCUCAGCGAAGAGAAACGACAGAAGUUGAAAGAUGUCUUCGACUCUGAGAUGGUAGAGUAUCAGAGAAAACUGGAACAAUUCCACAGGGACCAUCCGGAAGCGAAGUCCCAUAAAGCGCCGGCUAUCGUUCCGAUAGCUGUGCCGAAAGAGCCGGAAAACCUGAAAAGCUCAGAAAGCUCGAAAAACCUCCCUCCGAUGGACCUCUCGGCCCUCCCGAGUCGGAUAAAAGAGUACGUCGAGUUGUCUCAGGACAAAAUGGCUCAGACUGUGAACCCACCUUCGGAGAAGCCACCAAACAACGGAUACGCCCUUUUCGCGAAGAUUUGCCAGAUCGAUCUCGAGCCGGCUGCUCUAAGCUUCAAGGAGAGCAUGUCCGAAAUGGUGAAGCGAUGGCAAGUCCUCACCGAAGAUCACAGGAAACUUCUGAACGAGUCGGCGAAAACCAUCAAGAAUACCUACGACAAUAAAUUCGGUCGAUUGAACCUGAGCAAAGUCAACGUGGACAAGAACGGCAACGUCGUUGUCAGUGCAAUGCCUGUGGAAAACAAAAAACCCAAGAAAAGUCUGCAGACGAUACCGAUACCCAUGGAAAAGUUGAACUCUCCGGAGAGCAGAGACAGCGCUUCGAAUGAAAUCACACCUAUCGAGCUGUAUAAAAAGGAGAAGUUCGCCCGUCUCAAAGAAGACUACCCGGACAAACCAGACCAUGAGAUUCUUCGAGUCCUGUCGAAAACCUACAUGGAGCUCCCUCAGGAAGAUCGUCUGGUUUGGAGGGAGAAAGCAAAGAUGCUGAACGAGGAGCAACGCCAGAAAGAGAACCCGAAACCGAAGGACAAAGAUCGGAUCAAGAGGGUCCCGCGAUUGCCAAAGAGGAAACCUCUACCCGGAGAACCGAAACGUCCAUUGAUGAGCGGAUACUCGGUGUUCACGAACGAGGUGAUGUCGAAACUCCGAGAGAACAAUCAACCGAAAGUUCUCAUCAGUGUUGUUGCCAAACAGUGGACAGCCCUGCCGUCCGAGAAGAAGUCCGAGUACAAGGCCAAAGCUGCGGAACUGGAUCGAAAAUACAAGGAAGAGGUUAACAACUUCCUAAAAACCCUGAAUCCAGAGCAGAUAGCUGAGUACAAAGCUCAUCUGGAAGCGACGAGCAAACGACGCGGUCGUCGCGAGGAGCGGCCCGAGAAACGAGGUCUGUCCGAGGAUAGCGAGGACAUCGAGGACGAGGUGGUGCUGAACAAAGACGCGGACGAGGAGUCGCUUUCAGAAUCCGAUAUGGAGUUGCGGCAUUCGAGCGCGGCCGAUUGCACGUCCUCUGAGGACGAAGCCCCACCCCCGCUGAACGAUCAAUCGUACGACUCGACGAAAAAACCGGCAACGGAUGAAUCCUCGGACGAGGAGGAACCCGCUCCGGUUCAGGUUUCUUCGAAAGCGGCGCUCCCCUCGAUGCCUUGUCUGACGGAUGCCUCAUUCGCUGAGACCAGCGCCGGGGAUCAGGACCCUCCCGAAUCGGCGAACGUCGUGGAACCCAGCGUUGCCGGCGGCCAAACUAAUCAAGAGAGUUCCUCUGAAAAUAGCAGCAGCGACAGUAGCGACUCAGAUGACUCCGACGAUUCUAGCGAUGACAGUUCGGAUGAGUCCGAUUCGGACUGA